GACACAGGGCUUGCUAGUGAAGCGUUUGGAGCCCGGCGGCAAAGCAGAGCAGGAGCGUCUCUUCCAGGAGAACGACUGCAUCGUCAGAAUUAAUCAGGGAGACAUUCGCAACCUGCGCUUUGAACAAGCGCAGAACAUUUUCAAGCAGGCGAUGCGUUCCCAGGUUAUCCUUUUCCACGUGGUCCCUGCAGCCAUGAAGAAGCAAUACGAGCUGCUGUCAGCGCAGAAUGAGCUGAGCAGCCCACCUCAGCUGAACAGGGUUCGUUUCAGCCAGGCGUCUCAACAGCCAGCAGACAGGUCCAGUCUGACCGGGACGCCGACGCCCAGAUCAGGACAACCACCGGGCCUCAAUCACAACCACCAUGGCUCACUGGCAGGGAGCACCCCAGACUCGAGUAGACGCUUUGCCACUCCACCUCACAUUUUGAUCUCCAGGACCCCGUCGGCCCCUUCGCCCUCCCUGCAGCGCAGGAUAAGCACAAACGCCCCCAGAACCAUCGACCUGAAGAACAAAGGUCGCAGGUUCAACGUCCAACUGAAGAAAGGUCCAGAGGGUCUCGGAUUCAGCAUCACAUCCAGAGAUGUCCCGAUUGGCGGCAGCGCUCCAAUUUACGUUAAAAACAUCCUUCCUCAAGGCGCCGCCAUCCAAGACGGCCGACUUAAAGCUGGAGACCGGCUGCUGGAGGAAGUCCCUGGCAGCCCUUCAUUUUUGGAGCAUCCUCUUAACUCUAUUCUGGAGAGCAAUGAACGACGGAUCUCCAACUCUCUCUAUGAAACCACAGAGGGCCCAGACAGCGUCUCCACUCCACGAGCUAAUACGAUCGGACGCAUUGGUCGCUUCCAGCUCUCUCCGACUGUGAACAUGCCACAGGACGACAUAGUAAUGAUCGAAGACGACAGGCCACCCCUGCUCCCUUCCCACCUGUCCGACCAGUCGUCGUCCAGCUCCCAUGAUGACAUGGGUUUUGUGGGAGAAAACCCAGUUCCCUGGAUUCAUGAGCUGCCCGGACAGAAUGAAUGUUCGCUCAGUCCGGACGCAGACCCUGGCACUUCAUUCCAGAGGGAGGGGUAUGGUCGCCAGAGUAUGUCGGAAAAGCGCACGAAGCAGUACGAGAAUCCUGCACAGCUGGAGAUCAUCAAGUCUCGCAAGUCCAAGAGCAUGGAUUUAGUGGAUGAUGACACAAGCUCCCGAUCGGGUCAAGAGUCCAUGUCCACCAGCGGUGACCUCACUUUGGGCCCCGGGCUGAACGGCAGAGACGACAGACAGAAAGAUCAGGAGAAGUCUGGGGUGAAGGAGAAGAAGAAGCCAGAAAGGGAGAAAGACAAAGACAAGGACAAGAAUAAAUCCAAGAAAGGCGUGCUGAAGGGCUUGUUCAGGUAG